ACACCAACAAUUCAUACACACGCGCGACACAAAACCCUCUCUGUCUCUCUGUGGGUGUGGCGAUCAGGGGAUCCAAUGGCGCAGGCGGCGUGGCCACCGGGUAGGCACAAACCGAGCCCUAGCCACGCCUCCUACCGGCCGUCGCCGGCGAGGCCUCCGACGCCGCCGGCCGCUCGCCGUCCCGACACGCCACGGAGGGCCGCGCAGGACACACCUUGUGCAACAAGUGUUGAUGGAAGUAUUUCAGGAAAUAUGACCCACAGUCAGUGCAAGGAAGCUUCAAAGCAUACACAGAAUGAAGUUCAUCACACUAAUGAGGCAAUGUCUAGAGCCAAGGGAAUUUUAAGACCAGAUUCUUCAGAUAAGCACAAGAUGCCUAGAUCUUCUGGCGGUACAUAUUCAAAACCUGAUGCAAGAGUGAAGCUAAUUCCUGCAGAAGAAAUCACUUACGUACAACAUCGGAAAUCAUAUUGUAGAACUGCUGGGUCAGUCGGAUUACAGAAAAGACAUUGCAGACGAAGUGUGACACCACCUCCAAGUUCACGUAAAGUGUCUCUUGUGGGAUCCAUGCCACACGUUCAAAAGCCUACACCAUUAGCGCCAUCCUAUAACACGUGUUUACCUCCUAAGAGGCUCGAGACUGCUGAAAAUGGACACUCGUAUGUUGGGGGAAACAUAACAAGCUCUGUCACUCAACGAAUUGCUUCUCUUAAGAACCAUGCACCACCAAGUUGCAAAUCUUCACAGCCUUCGAGUAAUUCUUUGAAUACUGAUGCUUUUGCAAGAAAUCUUGGCAGAAUGGAUAUUACAGAAGCAUUUUCCAGGUGUUAUGGUUCACGUAUUUCACAUUCUCAAGGCCAGGGCUCCAAAAAGCCGCAAGCUAGUUUUCCAAAAGAGGCAGCGAUAAAUCCUAUCUCGCCUAGUCCCAAGCAACUGCUUGCUACACAUUCAAGUGGGGAUCAACUUGGUACAAAGGCAGAAUCUUCUUCUAAGAGUGUAUGCACACCUGAGAAUGGAGAGUUGUCUAGUAGAGGCUGCAAUUUAGCUACUAGAAGUACUGCAGCUCCUGUCUUGCAACUACCAAUUGUGGAGCCUGCAUUGCUAAGCCAAACAUCUGUGUUUGGUAAAUAUCCAGAUAGAAUAAGAACGGCUGCCCCUAUUCUGCAAAAACCAAUUGUGAAGCAUGUAUUGCCUAGCCCAAUAUCCUUGCUCAGUGAAAGGUCGACUGAGGUAUAUCCAAACAGUAAAUCAGAGCUUUAUACCAGCACAAAUUUGUUUAAUGUAAAAUGUGACCUGGCCUCUCUGCAGCACAAGAACACUCCAACUCACAGCCCACAGUCCAUGACUCCUGCACAAUGUAAUGCAUUGUCAAAAGGAAGAAACCCUAUGGCAUCAGCUAAUGGUGACACUUCUUCAGGUGAAAAGUCCAAUGAGGUAUAUCCAAACAGUAAACCAGGGCUUUGUACCAGUACAAGUUUGAUUAGUGGAAAAUGUGACCUGGCCUCGCUGCAGCACAAAAACAUUCCUCCAACUCACAGCCCGCAGUCCACGACUCCUGCACAAUGUAAUGCAUUGUCAAAAGAAAGAAACCCGGCGGCAUCAAUUACUGGUGACACAUCUUCAGGUGCAGUGAGGAUCCUAACAUGGAUGACAGCAUCUCAGCAAAACUCUUGUGGAGAUAUGCAAUCUCGUCAUGAAAGCAUUGGUAUUCAGGAAACUGGCGGACCAGUAAUUUUACAUACAAAGCUGCACAAGAAGCAUUAUCAGUCAGAAGCCCGUUGGAAGGGCAACUUUCAUGUUACUGGAGAGUUGAGACAUACUUGUGAUGGACUUGAAGCCCAUUUCCCUUUCGAAAUUGAUGUAAGAGUAUAUGAAGCUUCAAAGCAAAUGCCUAAAAAUUUAAAUCUAGAGGCUUUACCUCUUUCCCAGCUGUGGCCAAAAAAGUUCAAGAUGAAACCCCCAGAUGGUCCGGAUAUCGGACUAUGGUUCAUAAGCAGUCACAAAAGGCCGCACAGGAGUUUCGAUCAUCUUCUUGAAAAAAUUUCUUCACGUAAUGGCCUGUGCACCAACAUAGGUGAUACUGAAUUGGCGAUAUUUUCAUCCAAGUUACUUACACCAGACCAUCAGAGGAAGGAUGGUAAAUUUUUCUUUUGGGGUGUUUUUGGGAAGCGUCUCAGAAAGAAGCAGUGCCAACCUAACAAUCAUAUUAAAAAUAUGAAGAUCAGCAAUCCCUGUCAACCAAUUGGCAUGAAAUUGGAUGUGACAGAAGGCAGAGACAGAGAGAGUGCCAAAUCUGAUAAUGGCAUGACAUUGGAUGCAAGAGGAGGUGAAGAGAGAGAUAUGGGCAAAUCUGAGGAGAUCGACAAUACAAUGGAUGUGACAGGAAACGAAGUGAUGGUGAGGGACAAAAGUGAGGAGAUUGCCUUGGUACUGGAUUUGACAGGAGGCAACAAGACUGAUAGGGUGAAUGAAUGCGCGACAGUGAUCAGAACUCCUGAUUCAAACCCUGCAUCCAGUUCCGCAGCUCCUGCUGCUUCUUUCCUGGACGGAUGCUGCAGUCUUGACUCUUCAAAUUCUCUGUGUCAACCUGCUAUCAGAUCUUCAUCUGACUCGGACCUUGUGUUGGACACAUCUUCAGGGUUUUCUCUUGAUUUACCUCCUGGCUUCACGAAAGUUCACUCUCAGCUUAGUGCCGGAGCUACUGCUGUAUCCUGUAUCGAUGCCUUUCCCACUGAUAUUCCCCCUGGCUUUACUGAAGCUCAUCGCCAGCUCUCCACCAUUACUUCUGCUGGACCAGAAACCGGUGCUUCUACCCCUGUCACUGAAAAGAAGUCCCUCGUUAGUUUGUCUCCAAAUGUUCCCAGGCCUGUUAGAACAAUAGUGCCACCUGGAUGUACUGCACUACUUGCAGUGAAAAAAGAGCCUGGGUCGCCUGCAGUUGAUAAGGCCAUAGAGAAGCGAAUGCCAUCUUCCUUUGCAUCUGGUGCAUCUUCAAUCAGUCUAGUUUUGGACACUCCAGGAUUCCCUACUGAUAUUCCUCCUGGCUUCACUGAAGCGCAUCGCCAGCUCCCCACCAUUACUUCUACUGGACCGGAAACUGGUGCUUCUACCCCUGUCACUGAAAAGAAGCACCUCGUUAGUUUCUCUCUAAAUGUCCCCAGGCUUGUUAGAACGGAAGUGACACCUGGAUUUACUACACUACUUGCAGUGAAAAAAGAGCCUGGGUUGUCUGCAGUUGAUAAAGCCAUAGAGAAGCGAAUGCCAUCUUCCUUGGCAUCUCGUGCAUCUUCAAUCAGGACAGCAGGAAAUGUUGGUGUAACGAAAAUUGGGCAUUAUGAGGUAAGAGCGGAACCAGAUGAAAGCUCAGAGGAGCGAGAGUUUCCAAGGUCCAGGCUGCUUUCGGACAUCCUGGAGCUCUCUUCAGCAUUUUCGGAUGGCAAUUCAAGCGAUACACCUAAUUCUACAUCCAGAAACCGCACAAAACUUGGCAGACCUGUAUCAGCACACUUGCCUGACAAACAUCGUGAGAUGGAGGCACCUGAAAAACAGGUGCAUCGAAGAAAGAGAGGCCCCCAAGAACCACCCGAGCCGUCUCCUGCAGAUACCACCACUAAAAGGCCGAAGGUGAAUGGGCGUAUCGCACUAAAUGGUGUGAAUCGUCAAGCACUGAAUCCCAACCGUGAUCAAGGGAAUUGUCAGACAAGAUGCAGCUGCGCCUCUGAAGGUCGUGUGGCACCUGCGGAAGGGCCAGGGUCUUCGUUGCCAAUAUCAUCGUCAGGUGAUCACCUCGGCAGCGAGAGCAUUUCCUGCAGGUGUGUUGCAUGCGGCGAAGAAUUCCCAGCUCAGUGAUUGGUGGGAUUGCUCUGAGAAAUGGUGUUAUGGUGCUUUCUACUUUCAGGAUUAAGCAUACUUAGACUCUCUGGCAUGUGGCGCCAUUGCUGUAUGCAGCUUUGGAUACUGCCUCUAUGAGGAUGUUAUGUCCGAUACGUCCUGAUCUGACGGCCGUUUGAUUGAAUGUUCUCUUUUGCAAGCAUGAUUAUUGGGUUAUAUCAGUAGAACUGACUUAAUGUGAAUCAUUAAACUUAACAUACUGAGCUUACCGACCGAC